AUGGCAGCCAGUAGCAAUUGUCUGCCCGCCAUGGGAGCGGCCGUUCUCCUCAUGCUCAUCGCGGCCGCAGCCGUCCUGCCGGCGUCGGCGAGUACCCUGACUGUAUUCGAGGGGCCUGGGUGCAGCGGAAAGAGUAAAGACAUCACCGGCUGUGGCUGCUUCGACCUAGAGAACUACAACGGGGGGUUCCACUUCGUUUAUACAGAGGGCCAGACCGCAGAGCUUAAAGUUUCCCAUGACUGCACAACCCGGGAGUUCCCCGAGGUGCUCGAGCGGGAGACCCGGAGCUGCAUAUCCAAUGACUACAAAGGUGUGAACAUGCUUUGUUAAAUGUACUGGGUGAUCGAAGCUCUGGCGAGCAGGGGAUCAACCACGUGGAAUGAUAAUGAGAAAUAAAGAUAUGGUGCUACUCCUUGCGCACCAGGCAGAUUGGCGUAGCCUUAGGGCCUCUGUACCUUACGUGCGAAAUGAACAUCUUACACUUUGCUCUCUUCUGCUAUUAAUAAUUAAUUUCUUCGUCAUGACAAAACAGUACCAGAGUAUCUGACUAUUAUUUUCUCACGUGUAUCUGAACUGCGAAGUUUCCGCUUUCAGAAGCCGCUGAGUUUAGUCUCAUUUUCUCGCUCUGUGCGCGUAUAUCCGUAUUUAUACCUAGAUCCUAUCUCUUUAGGAAUCCCCAUGAUAAUCGAAGUACGCUGAGAUUUCCUUUCUUAAUCUCGUCAACAUUAUUUCAUCGGUGAAACGAUAAGCAGCUGGCUGCCACUUACCCUUCUGAUCUUAAUCCCCCGCGUACAGACAGGACGUUGGACACGAGCGGGAAAUGUUAUCCACGUCUACCCAUGUGUCUGUCGCGCCUAGGUCGUACAAUGCCAUUCGUAGGGUGUUUUUCCCCUGAAAACCGUCCACUGUUGAAUAUUAUCCGGGAGGCACGACCAGUUCAUCCGAUUCUACGCGUAUCUGCACGUCAUGUUGAGAUCUUUCGCUCCUUAGUAUGUUAGUGGCCACAGUUUCUAGAAGAACCUCAUUAAUGCCGGGGAAGAAAUGCUGCGCGGUUGAUCGACGGGAAGCUACAAAAAUGACGACUUCGUUCCAGGGGAUGGAUUUGAUCCGCGACCUGCACUCAGAUUUGCUGUUAAUGGGCUCUACAGAAGUUUUGACGGAGAUUCAAUUAUAUCAACAGCACGUGGCUUCCCCGAUGGUAGUUUCAUAAAGAGGAGAUGAGGAGGGUGGUAGGGUGCCAUCGCGUAGCCUACUCCUAUUCCAAACUUCAGAAAUUGAGUGAAAUUUAGCCAAUUCCAGGAGUAGAACAGACCUACUAAGCAUAAUUAGGUCGGACUCUUCCUAGAGUGUUUUUCAACAUCAGAUCGUGGGAAUUUUGAACAUCCAAAACUGACCUGCAUUAGUUGCUUAAUGCGAAAACAUGGGGAACAUUACAUUGAACCGAUUUAGCCGACCGAGGGAGAGUAUGCUUGGAGAUGGAAUGAAGAAUUUGCAGUCAGCGGAUUAG